UUUUCUUCCUCUUUCCUUUAGCCACUAGCCAGAUGGAGCCCAGCACCUCAACCAGGAGGCUUUUCACCAUCAAUGACUUUGAAAUCGGGCGUCCUCUGGGCAAGGGGAAAUUUGGGAAUGUGUAUCUGGCUCGGCUCAAGGAAAACCAUUUCAUUGUGGCCCUGAAGGUCCUCUUCAAGUCCCAGAUAGAGAAGGAGGGAUUGGAGCACCAGCUUCGAAGGGAAGUGGAGAUCCAGGCACACCUACAACAUCCGAAUAUCCUACGCCUGUACAACUACUUCCACGAUGCUCGCCGGGUGUACUUAAUUCUGGAAUACGCUCCCCGGGGCGAGCUCUAUAAGGAGCUUCAGAGGAACCACACGUUAGAUGAGCAGCGUACAGCCACGAUAAUAGAGGAGCUGGCAGAUGCCCUGACCUACUGUCACGAGAAGAAGGUGAUUCACAGGGACAUCAAGCCCGAGAAUCUCCUGCUGGGGUUCAGGGGUGAGGUGAAGAUUGCAGACUUCGGUUGGUCUGUGCACACCCCUUCUCUCAGGAGAAAGACAAUGUGCGGGACUCUGGACUACUUGCCCCCAGAAAUGAUUGAAGGGAGAACAUAUGAUGAGAAAGUGGAUCUGUGGUGUAUUGGGGUACUCUGCUAUGAGCUGCUGGUGGGAAAUCCACCCUUCGAGAGUAGCACUCACAGUGAGACAUACAAACGCAUCCUCAAGGUGGAUUUGAGGUUUCCUCAGUCAGUGCCUGUGGGGGCCCAAGACUUGAUCUCCAAGCUUCUUAGGUACCAUCCCUCAGAUCGUCUGGACCUGGCCCAGAUCCUCAAGCACCCCUGGGUCCGGGCCCACUCUCGUAGGAUGCUGCCUCCUUGUAGUCAGAUGGCUUCCUGAGCCCUGCCCUGCCUCUAUUCCUUUGUGUUUUUUCAGGGAGCUCUCCAGGCUCUGUUACCUCAUCUGUUUUGCUUGUUUUCUCUUUGAAAGUGCUAAUUAAACCUGAUU